AUGGAACUCGUGGAUGUUCUUGAUGAUCUCUUUAGGUCUUCUAGAGCGGCUCAACUUACAGCGCUUGAGCACAUCCAUAGUAUCCUUGCUGAUGUCUGUGUACGCACUCAUGACCCUCACCAACGCCCCCGUUUUCUCCAACAGCAAAAUGACUUUGAAACGAACAUUGUAUCUCGAAUUCUCAGCAGCGGCGUACUUUCCGCAUCAUCCAUCUCUCGUACUAUUGACGAAAUUCGUGCCAAGACUAAUACAUCAUCCGCCGUAAUCGAUAUCAUUUCUCUCGCUCUUUCAGCCCUUCAAGGCAUGGCUCUCAUUCAUGCUCGCAGCAAGACUUAUCUGGGAAGGAGGUUAGGCAUUCAGACUUUGCUCGACCUGUUGACCGCACUCCGGCAUGCUUCCGUUAAUCCCGAUGACCCCGACACCACAAUCACGUCUGGCAUAGAUGCGGGACUCAAAGCUUGCCGCGCUGUUAUCCCCGCUUGCAUGCCUCUCGAGACUGGCCUUUCCUUUGUAUCUCAACCCACACCAAAGCCUACUCGAGUUUCCUCUAAACCCUCGGCCACAAAGCCUCUGGCCCAAUCUCCGCCUGCUCCUACCCGAGUGCUACAGACCCCUCGCCGACCCAAGACGAAACAAACACCAGUUACUGAAUCACGGCCUCGAACACAAGUGCCGCUGGAACGGACUGUGAGUGGGGAUUCGACGCUCUCAGUCCUGUCUUCGCGCUCGGAUGCUACCGAUGCUUCGGCCGGCCCUGAAAUGCGAAUGAAUGAGCGGGAUGCAGAAAUGAGAUCUGUCUCACGCUCAUCAACAUACUCUAUGGCCAGUACAGCAUCCAAUAUGACAGAAUCGUCUGCAAAAUCAUCUUACGCCCAGUCUUCGUAUUCCUCUUCCACUGUGUCUUCCACGUCGACCAAUCGAACGCUCGAGAACCCGCAUCUGCCUGACAAGUAUCUUCGCAUCCAUCCUCCCACUCCCUCCCAAACCCGGCCAACCUCGCCAAACGCCAUAACUCAGGAAUGCUUUGUGCCUCUUCCGGAGUCACCUGUUAAAACAGGAGGGCAUGAUGUACAAGAAACACCGAAACCAAAACGAAAGUUCCGAGACGAAGCCCGGGAUGGAAAUGCCCAAGACACGCCUCGCGCCAAAACCCGAUACGAUCAAGCCGGAGAGAGCGCAUCUAACCCAAGGAUAUUUCCGGUGCUUGGGUCUAAUCUAUUGGAAACAAGCUCGUCGAAUCCUUUCAAACCCUCCACUUCCAUCUCUGACGCUCUCAAGGCGAAACCAACAGCUCCCGCGCUUGCCACUCUUUCGCUCCUGAAAGGAGAUAUCGACUACGAGCCUGAGAGCCCAAAGAAAUAUACCCCUUCCCGAAAUUUUGCCAAUGAAGCAGAUGAACCUCUCAAAGCUCACUAUAAAAUGCACAAUGAUGCACACUCUACCCCAGCCAAAGACUCCGCUUCUAAUCCUUUUAGAGCGCCAUCCUCGAAGCCCUCCAAGGAUUCUAUUGCCGAUACCAAUGAACCCAACUCUGCCACUAAACCUACCAAACGUCGCCCUCGAGCAAGUGAAAUCCUUCCACGUCCAACUCCCUCGCGGCCCGUUCCUAGAAAUGUAUCCACCCCGGCUACGCCAGCUGUAUCCACGCCCGCGAGAACGAAAAAAGUCGCCAUUAUUCCUGGUGGUGUGCGGGUACCCGGGCGAGACGAAGGUGGCAGCGAGCUCAGGAAGAGCAUGGCCUUGGGUGUCAAAGAGCUUAAGAGAAGCCAGUUAAGUAACGAAGCAUUGCAAAGGAGCCAGGGAAGCAACGACGGUUUGAGACGUAGUCACCUUAGCACCGAGGGCUUGAAGAGAAAUCAGCCCAGCUCAGAGGCACUAGGGAGGAACCUCGAAGUAUCGCAGAGCACCUCGUUGGGUGAUUCGGACUCAAGACAGGAUGGUGCUUCUCGGUCCAAGAGGAGUGCUCCUUCGACACCGAUCCCGUCCAGAAGUGACGGUGGGCGAAAAGCUGGGCGGGAUGGGGUUGGUCGUGUAAAGCGGGACGGGAUAGACUCCGAAGGGCGCUCCAGCGGUGAGAUAGAACGAAACCUGGGCUCCGACUCUGGGAAACGAAGUAGUCUAGAGGAUUCUCCGUCUCGCACUAGGGGUAUACCCAUAGAUGGCAAGAUGGUUCGCACCUCGGCUGAAAAAAAGGAACUCCUAGGUGCUUGGCUUGGUAACGUUGAUGCGCUCGUGGAAGGUGUUCAACGAGCGGGGGUUUGGGGGCUUCGAUAG